GAAGAGCAAGGUGCUCCCUGAGCUGCUCCAGCCUUACGCAGACCGCGUGGAACACCUGAGUGAGUUCCUGGUGGACAUCAAGCCCUCCUUGACUUUUGAUAUCGUCCCCCUGGUGGACCCCUAUGGGCCCGCGGGCUCUGAUGCCUUGCUGGAGUUCCUGGUGGUCAGCGAGGAGACCUAUCGUGGGGGGAUGGCCGUCAACCGCUUCCGCCUGGAGCAUGGCUUGGAGGAGCUGGUCCUGUACCAGAUUCAACUGCUGAAGGACCAGAGUCACAAGGAAAAUGAAGAAGACAAAGUCAGCUCCUCCAGUUUCCGCCAGCGAAUGUUGGGUACCCUGCUGAGGCCGCCAAAUAAGAGGCCAGAGCUCCCUCCCUGCCUCUACGUGGUUGGCCUGACCGGCAUCAGUGGCUCUGGGAAGAGCUCUGUCGCUCGCAGGCUGAAGAGCCUGGGGGCCUAUGUCAUCGACAGUGACCAGCUGGGCCAUCAGGCUUAUGCCCCGGGGGGCCCCGCCUACCAGCCCGUGGUGGAGGCCUUCGGGACAGGUAAUGACCAUGGCCGCCUGGAGGCCAGGUGGUGGCUCCGCCUCUGCUCAGCACCCUUCCUGUGUCGCCUAGACAUUCUCCACAAAGACGGCGUCAUCAACAGGAAGGUCCUGGGCAGCCGCGUGUUUGGGAACAAGAAGCAGCUGAAGGUCCUCACGGACAUCGUGUGGCCGGUGAUCGCCAAGCUGGCACGGGAGGAGAUGGACUGGGCUGUGGCCCAGGGAAAGACGGUGUGUGUCAUCGACGCCGCCGUGCUGCUGGAAGCGGGCUGGCAGGACCUGGUGCAUGAGGUGUGGACCGUGCUCGUCCCGGAGACUGAGGUACGCUCCCCGUGCCGCCCCAGCCCUGGCCCCUCUGCCCCCGCUGACCCUGGUGUCUGUGCUCAGGCCGGACCUCGGCACGCAGGGGCCGCCUCCAAUGUGGUGUCCAGGGCCAACAGCAUCGGCUCCACCAGCGCCUCUUCUGUCCCCAAUACAGACGACGAGGACAGCGACUACCAGCAGGAGUCCUACAAGGACCGGCGGCGGCGGGCGCACACGCAGGCCGAGCAGAAACGCAGGGACGCCAUCAAGAGGGGCUACGACGACCUUCAGACCAUCGUCCCCACCUGCCAGCAGCAGGACUUCUCCAUCGGCUCCCAGAAGCUCAGCAAGGCCAUCGUCCUGCAGAAGACCAUCGACUACAUCCAGUUUCUGCACAAGGAGAAGAAAAAGCAGGAGGAGGAGGUGUCCACGCUGCGCAAGGACGUCACGGCCCUGAAGAUCAUGAAAGUGAACUACGAGCAGAUCGUUAAGGCGCACCGCGACAAUCCGCACGAGGGCAAGGACCAGGUCUCAGACCAGGUCAAGUUCAACGUGUUCCAGGGCAUUAUGGACUCCCUGUUCCAGUCCUUCAACGCCUCCAUCUCCGUGGCCAGCUUCCAGGAGCUGUCGGCCUGUGUCUUCAGCUGGAUUGAGGAGCACUGCAAGCCCCAGACCCUGCGUGACAUCGUGCUGGGCGUCCUGCAUCAGCUCAAGAACCAGCUCUACUGAUGGCUGCAGAGCCUGGGCAUCUCUUGCCCGGGUGGGACUGCAUCCUGUGUGAGAAACCUGUUUCUUGAGUGCUUCUGAUUAAUUUAUUUUCCCAACCAUGUAGCUGGUCCCUGUCCCCUCCCCAUAGGGAGCCCAGAAACUGGAGGUUCAUCAGCGUAGCCUGUGGAGGGGACACCCGGCUACACCACAGAAAGGCCUAGCGGUCGGGUCCCCGCUCUGCCUCCGCUCUGCUCGGUGGGUGCAGCGUCCCUGCCUGUUCUGCUCACACCACAAAAACAGACGGGAUGCAGUACUACUGCACAUUGGAAUUUUUUUUUCUCAGUACCAGGGAUUGAACUCAGAACCUUGAGUUUGUCAAGCACUGCUGAGCUACAUCCUCUGAAAAUCCUGUUUUUUUAAAUACCAACAAUGCAAUUUGCUACAGUCACAACUUUGGAAAAUUAAAAGGGCCCAGAGUCACCCAGCCUUUCUACCCUCUUCUCUUGAAGAAAUGUGUGGGUGUUGGAAACGCUGGUCCCAGGCGCCCCCCUCAGGUCCCAGGGAGCCUGACGGUGCACAGGAAAGUCCGUGUUAUACCAAGUCACAAUAAACAUCACCACGUGC